UCAGCAAGCAGGACAGCAGUUGGCUUACUACUCCAGAGAAGAAAAUCCGUUGUUGUGAGGAGAGGAAGAAAGGCUCAAGAAAUUCGAGGAAAGCUUAUCAUAAGCACUGUCUGCUUUAAACCGUGUUUUUGCGGGUUUUUUCCCCCCAAAGGUGUUUUUUUUCUGUUUCGUGUAGCCAACAUGGCUUGUGGAGCUACGUUAAAGCGGUCGAUGGAGUUUGAGGCCCUCCUCAGUCCCCAGUCUCCCAAGCGGAGAAGGUGCAAUCCACUACCGGGGACUCCAAGCACUCCGUCCCCGCAAAGAUGCAACCUCCGUCCCUCAGUCGACAGCCCUUCGCACUCGAUGUCUCCUCCGGCCAUUGGAGGUGAACACAGGCUCACCCCAGAGCAGAUCUUCCAGAACCUCCGUCAGGAGUACAGCCGGAUCCAGAGGCGGCGGCAGCUGGAGGGGGCCUUCAACCAGACCGAGGCCUGCAGUUCCAGUGACGCCCCCAGCCCCAGCUCCUCCCUCGCCGCCCCCAGCUCCCCACCAGGUGCCUCAAGGAAGGACCAGCCCUCGUUCACACUGAGGCAGGUGAGCUACCUGUGUGAGCGCCUGCUGAAAGACCACGAGGAGAAGAUCCGGGAGGAGUAUGAACAGAUCCUCAACACAAAACUCGCAGAACAAUAUGAAUCUUUUGUGAAAUUCACACAAGACCAGAUCAUGCGAAGAUACGGUGCCCGGCCUGCUAGUUAUGUCUCUUGAACUUACAUCAGUGAGAUCCCAGCUUCCCUCUCACAAGAUGGCUGUUCUUCUGCUGCCCCCUUUCCACUUGAUUUUCUGUUUAUUUUACUAUUUUUUCCUCUCUCAUGCCGUUUGGGUGCCAUGGUUUAUCCACUUUUUGUUUUAUCUUAUUUUAUUAUUUUUUUUAAUCCGAAACUUGAUUUCUUACUCCAAAACUAUUGCUGCUGGCCAAAACGUAGAAGAAUCCGAAAGAUAAAAAUGUAUAAAGCCCCAUUUUGCCUUUUCUUGUUGAUAUGCUGUCUCUGGAAAUCUUGACUAAAGCAGAUUUGUGUCAAUCUCUUGCCGGCGCUGUAGAAAAAGCUUGGCUAAUGUGAUCAUUCUGUAUAACCUGCCAGCAGCUGUAUUUAAUGGCUCCUGCUUCUCACAUUCUCCUACUUUUCUUGCCCACUCACAACUCUUUACCUGAGAAUGUGGAUUUUUUUCCCCUUUUGAGAAAAAAAUAAAAGUUCUGUGAUUAAAA